AUGAAUCGACGUGCAAACCUUUCUCUCUUCAACGCCAUCUUCAGAAUCACACACUCUUUCCCCCAAUCCCCACUACCCACUUCUCCGAUUCCCUUCACCCCCUCAAAGUUCCACUCUUUUUCCAAAAUCACAAACACCCAUUUCGCGUUUCAUUAUAACCUAAGGAGUUUCAGUAAUGGGUCAAGCGAGUUGGAUCACAACAAGGAGGUGGACGAAAUCAACCUCAAAUUUGCAGAAGCAAGGGAAGAGAUAGAGAUGGCGUUGGAGUCCAAAGAGACGGUUUAUUUCAAUGAAGAAGCUGAGUGUGCCCGUGCUGCCAGAAUCACACCCUCUUUCCCCCAAUCCCCACUACCCACUUCUCCGAUUCCCUUCACCCCCUCAAAGUUCCACUCUUUUUCCAAAAUCACAAACACCCAUUUCGCGUUUCAUUAUAACCUAAGGAGUUUCAGUAAUGGGUCAAGCGAGUUGGAUCACAACAAGGAGGUGGACGAAAUCAACCUCAAAUUUGCAGAAGCAAGGGAAGAGAUAGAGAUGGCGUUGGAGUCCAAAGAGACGGUUUAUUUCAAUGAAGAAGCUGAGUGUGCCCGUGCUGCCGUAAAUGAUGUUUUGUCCAAGUUCGAAAGUUUGUUGGCGAAAUUGCCGGAGAAGGAGAGAGGAGCUUUGCAUAGGUCUAUGGGUCUCAAGAUUGAACAAUUGAAAGCUGAACUUUUACAAUUGGAUGAAUAAGAUAAGAGUUGUGUUGCUGUUGUUGUUAUUGCUAUUGUUAUUGUUGUGACUUAUAUUAUGCUUGUUAGAAUUUAGUUUAUGACUUCAAUUGGAUAAUGUAGCUUAUAAUCAUAGAUUAUUAGAGUAUUUAUUUAAUCGGCUGGAAUUUUGAAUAAAUGCAUUGUAAUGUAAGCCACCUAUUGAUGAUUUACUUGUGGGGAUUGACUACUCACUACUCAUGUUUUUCUUCAUAUAUAUAGGGAUGUUGCAGCAUUUGUACUUUUGUUAUUUUGGUAUGAUACAACUUAGUUGAAUAAA